UAUGCUUCUGGUAGCGGAGAGAUUAGAGGGACCAUUCAACAUUGAAUCAGUCAUGGAUCCUAUUGAUGUCAAGAUUUCUGAAGCCAUCAUGAACAUGCAAGAAAACAGCAUGCAGGUGUCGGCAAAGGUUUUCCAAGGAUGUGGUCAGCCUAAACCAGCACCUGCCCUGAGAUCUUCCCGUUCAGUCGCUGAAAACUUUAAUACACGGUUUAGACCAUAUAACCCAGAGGAGCGACCUACAACUGCUGCUGGCACAAGUUUGGAUAGGCUGAGCUUAUUACAGACGGUAUGCCAGCCUUCCUACCUGUAG